UGGCACGCAGCCCAGGAGUCUGUACGCAUCGAUCGCGAGCGCGGUGCGAUUGCUUCUGUCUGUUGUUUAGGUAUGGCGCCCGCGAGGAGGCGGAGAGGCGGCUGGGACCCCGAGGGGGGACUUACUGGGUGCUGACCGCUGCCCAGGGCCGAGUGGGCUAUGGGGGAGCCCAGCUUCUUGGUCACGGGAGACCACGUCGGCGGCCGGAGCUGCUGCUUGCGCAGGGGGGGGAUGAACGCCGACUGGCUGGGGCCGGGGGGUGCUGGGGCCAAGGGCCUGGCCGGAGGGACCCGGCACCGAAGGACGGUGUCUCUUACAUUGUUAUUAUCUUCCCAGGUGACUAUAGGACGAGGACUUGGUGUCACAUACCAACUGGUAUCCAAAAUCUGCCCUCUGAUGAUUUCUCGAAGCCACUGUGUUUUGAAGCAGAAUCCUGAGGGCCAGUGGACAAUCAUGGACAACAAGAGUCUGAAUGGUGUUUGGCUGAAUGGAGAGCGUCUGGAGCCUUUAAAGGUCUAUUCUAUCCGUCAGGGAGACCACAUCCAGCUUGGCGUGCCUCUGGAAAACAAGAAGAAUGCGGAGUAUGAAUAUGAAGUGACCGAAGACGACUGGGAGAGGAUGUAUCCCUGUCUUGCCCCAAAGAACGUCCAAAUGAUGGAAAAAAAUAAGGGGUUGAGAACUAAAAGGAAGUUUAAUUUGGAUGAAUUAGAGGGUUCUGGGGCUGAAGGCCCCUCACAUUUGAAAUCCAAAAUAACUAAAAUGUCCUGUGAACCUGGACAGCCGGUGAAGUCACAUGGGAAAGGCGGAGUGGCCAGUCGGCCCUCUGAAUGUUCGGCUCCUAAGCUGACUACUUUGGAGCGAAGCCAGAAGACCACAGGGACUCAUAUUUAUCCUGGCCCCCCAAAAGUUGUAGAGCUUCAUUAUAAGAAGCAGAAAGCUUCAAACUCUUCAGCAUCUCAGAGCAGCUUAGAGCUGUUUAAGGUAACCAUGUCCAGGAUUCUGAAACUGAAAACACAGCUGCAGGAGAAACAAGUAGCUGUUCUGAAUGUGAGAAAGCAGACCCUGAAGGGGAACUCGAAGAGAAUUGUGAAAAUGGAGCAGGAGCUGCAGGACUUACAGUCUCAGCUGUGUGCGGAGCAGGCUCAGCAGCAAGCCAGAGUGGAGCAGCUAGAGAAGACCUUCGAGGAAGAGCAGCAGCACCUCCAGGGUUCAGAGAAAGAGCAAGGAGAAGAGGACCUGAAGCAACAGCUGGCCCAGGCUCUGCAGGAGCAUCGAGCUCUGAUGGAUGAGCUGAAUCGCAGCAAGAAGGACUUUGAAGCAAUCAUUCAAGCCAAGAACAAAGAAUUGGAACAGACCAAGGAAGAGAAGGAGAAGGUGCAAGCACAGAAGGAAGAAGUUCUUAGCCACAUGAAUGACGUGCUCGAGAAUGAGCUCCAGUGUAUUAUUUGCUCGGAAUACUUCAUUGAGGCCGUGACCUUGAACUGUGCCCACAGUUUCUGCUCCUACUGUAUCAAUGAGUGGAUGAAGCGGAAGGUAGAAUGCCCUAUUUGUCGGAAGGACAUCAAGUCCAAAACCCACUCCCUGGUUCUGGACAAUUGUAUUAAUAAGAUGGUAGAUAAUCUGAGCUCAGAAGUGAAAGAACGACGAAUUCUCCUCAUGAAGGAACGAAAAGAAACUUUUCUUUGUCUCCAAAGCAAAGAGAAUGUCUUGAAGACCAUUGUUCUAAGAGCUGGUGUAGGAUAGACUACUGGACAGUGGGAGCUUGCGAUGGCCUGGAAGACUCUGGAUGUGACUCGGGCCAUCUGGAGGUCAUCUGAGAAGCCACAUGGCACAGACUGAGCCGGGAAGCCCUCUGUCUCUCGCCUUCCAUGUUGGCCAGCCUUGCUGCCACCAUUGCCUGAAGGCCCACCGAGACUCACGACACCGGCCGCUUCAGGGUACUUAAUAGACUGCUUCUCUACACGUUGAAUGGAACAUUCGGGUUCUGUUUGUUUAUUAUUAAUAUUUUUAUUUUUGUUGUUGUUAUGGUUUGAUGCAUCAAAAAUACCUCUGCCCACAUUUGUUUGGGGCAGGUUGGGUGUACUCCAUGGCUGCCCCUGAAGGUAGCCUCUAUUUUGAGAGGAUGGCUUACCUCUUCUUUGUGAAAAUAAGAUGUCGUUUCCUGAAAAUAAAACGUAAAGCCUAUCCGUCGCUCA